UACUUCAUUCCCUGUCCUGUGCAAAGACCAUGUCCACUGGGUCCCUCAGUGAUGUGGAAGAUCUGCAGGAGGUGGAGAUGCUGGAGUGCGAUGGCCUGAAAAUGGAUACUAACAAAGAGUUUGGGGCAUCCACCGAGAGCAACGAGGAGGGAUCCAAUGGCGAGAAUGGCUCUCCUCAGAAGGGGAGAGGGGCCUCGGGCAAGAGGAAAAAAGCUCCCCCCAAGAAGAGCCCUUUAAAUGGAGUGAGCCAGGAGGGAAAGCAGGUACAGAGAAAUGCUGCCAACGCCAGGGAGAGGGCGAGGAUGAGGGUCCUUAGCAAAGCCUUCUCCAGGCUUAAGACCACCCUACCCUGGGUGCCCCCAGACACCAAACUUUCCAAACUGGACACCUUGAGGUUGGCCUCCAGCUACAUUGCUCACCUGAGGCAGAUCCUGGCCAAUGACAAGUAUGAGAACGGCUACAUCCACCCAGUCAACUUGACUUGGCCUUUUAUGGUAGCCGGCAAACCCGAGAGUGACCUGAAAGAAGUGGUGAACACAAACCGCUUGUGCGGCCCGACGGCAUCCUGAGCCCCGCGGCCGGGCCAGCAGCGUCCGUCCCGGCGCGGCCGUGGAGCGGGCGGCGGGGCGGGCAGGGACCCGCCGCGGCCCCGCCGCUGUCCCGGGCCCCGGGCAGAGCCACGGGGAGAGCCGCUCUCCCGGCGCAGAGGAGACCAAAUAUGCCCUAGCAAAGACUCCAUCCACCCCGAGAGAUCCUGACUCUAUUUAACUUUAUUAAAUGCGUGUACAGUCGAGUGUCCUGCAACUACAGCCUUGCUGGUUCAAGAGCUACUAGAGAAAAGACAGAGAUCAGACCUACCCCGCGUGUAUCUUUUGUCUGAGACCUGUGAAAAAUGUAGAUGCCUAGAAAAACUGACUUUGACAGUCAUCUCUAUGAAGUAAUUCACCCUAAAGAUAUAUAGAUAUAUUUUCUUCAAGCAGAUUCUGCUCUAUUUCUGUGAAUAAACCUUCCUU